AAGGACAUAGGUUAGGACAAUUUAGCAAAUAAUCAAAGAACUUUCCUUAUUUAUGCACCUAAGGACAGAGUCAUUACACUUUUGUCAUCAGUCAGAAAUCAAGGCUCCAAGACAACCGUGGCAUGACUUGCACUGCAGGGUUGAUGGGCCAGCUGCAUAUGACGUUUUUUUAAGCUUUGAGCAGCAUUGGAGGCAAUCAGCUGACAAUGACAAUGCUUUGAUUAAGACACAACGUAUCUCACAGAUACUAAGUCCUUCCCUGUCUAUGUCACCUGAUGGUACCACAAUAGUUCCAAUUGAUGACUCCAAAGUAAGGGUUUCUGACGAAGAUGAUCCUGAAAGCUGGCAUGUUCAGAUUUUCAGAUCCACUGACUCAGGAGCAGCUAAAGGAUUCCCAGUAUAUGUUGAUGAAGCUUAUGACCAGAAUCUUGUGUGUUCAAAAGGUCUGGUAAUAGACAAAAGCAUUCAAAUAGCUUAUGUUCAGGCGAUUAGAUCUGCUCAACAUUACAUAUAUAUUGAAAAUCAAUAUUUUAUUGGAUCAUCUUAUGCAUGGCCAUCAUAUAAAGGUGCAGGUGCUGACAAUCUAAUCCCAAGUGAGUUGGCACUGAAGAUUGCUAAUAAAAUUAAAGCAAAUGAGAGGUUUGCAGUGUAUGUCAUCAUUCCAAUUUAUCCUGAGGGUGAUCCAAAGUCUGAAAUAGUGCAGGAGAUUCUCUUUUGGCAAUAUCAGACAAUGCAAAUGAUGUAUACUAUUAUUGCAAAAGAACUACGAGAGAUGAACCGUCUGGACUCACAUCCUCUAGAUUUCCUCAAUUUCUAUUGUCUCGGUAAAAGGGAAAGCAUCCAUGAGGAAAAGCUGGCCAUUAAUGGUGAUAAGGUAUAUGAUUCACAAAGAUUUGGAAGAUUCAUGAUUUAUGUGCAUUCCAAGUCAAUGAUAGUAGAUGAUGAAUAUGUGAUAAUUGGAUCUGCUAAUAUUAACCAAAGAUCCAUGGCUGGUACGAAAGACAUAGAGAUAGCAAUGGGUGCCUAUCAGCCCUAUCACACAUGGGCCAGGAAAAAGAGACAUCCAUGUGGCCAGGUAUAUGGUUAUAGAAAUUCGCUGUGGGCAGAACAUCUUGGUACAAUGAAUAGUCACUUCAGGGUGCCAGAAAGUCAAGAAUGCAUAAGGACAGUAAAUGAGAUUGCUACAAUCAACUGGGAGAAAUUCACAGCUGCUGAUUUUACACCAAUGCAAGGCCACCUCCUCAAGUAUCCUAUCCAUGUAGAUAAAAAUGGAAAAGUAGGUCCUCUGCCUGGGUACGAGAAAUUCCCAGAUGUUGGCGGUAAAGUACUUGGGACAGAUUCCGGUAAAUUUCCAGAUUAUUUAACCACGUAAGAGUAUAUACCAUCUCCAUUCCCAUCUAGGGAAAAAGUGUUCUCCGGUUGUCAUCUCAAAUGUUGAUAUGCACGAUUUAAUUCAAUUCAAUAAUUAGUUUUUGUAAAU